AUGUCCCGCCUCAAAGCCGCUCCCUCAGCUGCAGCCCCGAAGGUGAGUUGGAGCUGGCUCACCUCAGCCGGGCUCCAGACCGACGUGUCCACAAAGGCCAUCCGCUUCCUGGAGCAGUCCCAUGUGACCAGAGACAUGUUGGACUACUUCACCUCAGAGGAGGGCCAGCAAGUGCUCCAAGCCUAUCGCGAGAAGCGGUUAGCCCAACCAGCGCAGGUCGAAGCCUCAGAGGCUGCGCCAGGUCGUGGCCUCUGUGGUAGGCAGAAGAUUUCCGCCGCGGUGCGCAGCAACGAGGGCCACUACUUUGCCAAAGCGCCGAAGCCAGAAGCCCCACGGCCUCCGAAGGGGAAGGUGAGCCAAAAGGAAAACGAAGCGCGUCCCGACAAAAAGGAGGCGCCCGCGGAGAAAAUGGAAGUCCUUGGCUGCGUGAAGUCUUUCAGCGAGGACCGUGGCUACGGUUUCCUUGCCUCAGAGGCCGCACCGGGGGACAUCUACUUCCGUGCCGGCGACGUACCGGCAGACGACGCAGCGCAGGUGGGCCGGUAUUGCUCCUUCACUCUUCAGUUCAAAGACGGUCAUCCCCAGGCACGGUCCCUUUGCUGGCUCACGGAGGAGGUGCCCCUCACCUCCCGCGCCGAGGGCUUCGUGAAGAGUCUUGGGGCGAACUACGGCUUCAUCACGUCCAAAGCGAUCGGAGCGCAUGACAUUUACGUGGAUCGGAAGGAGCUCGAAAAGCUCGGAAGCUGCGCAAAUGGGCAGCCAGUGUCAUUCCGCCUUGCUCAAAACGCGCGUGGCCAGCCGCAGGCGAAAGAUGUUCAGCUCCUCGAGGAGCCAUGUCCCGAGGCGAGGGAGACGAAGGAUGCAGGGGAGACCGCCCCGGUAGGGCCCGUUCGCUCCAAGUACUGGUGA